AUGACUUCAACUACCAGAGCCAAACAGCCAUCGACACCAAAGAAGUGUGAUAUCUGCCAGAAACAUGCUGGAAUUCUAUUGUGUACAGGAUGUGAUCAGACAUUCUGUCGAAAAGACUUGAACGAACAUCGACAACAACUCUCCACGCAGCUCGACACCAUCAUUCGAGAGCACGACUUUCUCAAACAAAACAUGGAGCAGACAUGUGAUGCCACCACGUCAAAGCUGUUCGAUGAGAUCGACAAGUGGGAGAUGGAGUGGAUGAAGAAGGUGAAGAUGGCUGCUGAUCGUGCACGAGAAGAAGUGCGAGACAUUGUUGCUGAGCCGAAGAAGGAACUGAAACGAAUCGCAGAUGAGAUUCGACCGAGAAUGGCAGAAGAGGACUUUGUGGAGUAUGAUCUUGAUCGAUGGAUGGGUGAAAUAAACCAGCUGACUGUGGAUAUGAAGGGCAUGUCAUCGACGAUCGUCGUCGAAAGUGGUGAUGAGUCUGAGUGGAAGAGGAUGAUCAAAGUGAGAACAAUGGAGCAUCAAAGUCAUGUGUUUAAGUCACCACAGAGAAGUGAGAAGAGAGACAGUGAAGUGAAACAACUCGACUUCAAUAAACUCAAAGACAGAUCUCAGCGACAGAUCAAAGUGGAUGAAAAUUAUGAGAUGAUGGGAGCAUCUGAUAUACACUUGCUCUACUGUGAUAAAAACACACUAUGUUGGACUGAUCGAACUGGUCACGAGACAAACACAGUUCAAUGGCGUGGGGACACUGUCUGGGGUAUUUGUUGGUCAUUGUUUCUUGACAGAUUUCUGAUAUUGACGAAGAGAACUCUUCAUUCAUUGAAUGUUCAAACAAGUGAACUGACACUAAUCAAACAAGUGUCAGACAAGAAGAAAGCAGACCUUUGGACAUGUACAUGUUUAAAUCAAACGUUGUUGCUGAGUUUUGAUCAUGAUGGAUCAGUUGUUGAAGAGUGGGAUAUGAGUGGAGAAUGGAAAAUGAUGAGACGAUGGCAGCCACCUCUCUCCUGUCAUCGGAAUGAGUGGAUUAGUGAUAUUCGGUUUUCAUUUGAUGGCAGUCAGUUAGGAGUAACAGUGUGUGCACCAGGUCGAUACAAUCAAUUUCAUGUACGAGAUCGAUCAAUGAAGAUCAUCGACAACAGCAUAUUUCCUCCUUGGAAAUACGGAUAUCGGCUUCUCUCUCUCCCAAAUGGACAAUGGUUGACACAUCAGUGGAAGAAUAAAGAACUUUAUAUGAUUAACAGAGAUGGUAAAUUCGAACAAACUCUCACAUAUGAUAAGAGUGUGAAGAGAGCUGCAUUAUUAGAACAAAUAUGUCUUGUUAUUCUAACAGAUGACAGUAAACUCUGUUUUCAUGAUUUAUGA